AUGGUACGUCAACGACUACGUAAACGAUCUCAUGCGCAACUUUACCAUUUUAAAUGUAUUCAUUGUUUGAUACUUUUUUCAGCUGGAUGUAUUUCAGCAUUUACAGCUUUUUCAUUGACAUUAUAUGCUGCUUCGGGUGGUUUCGGUGCACUUAUACAUUAUUUAUUUUCACCAAAUAUACAAAAACCUCAAAUUCAACAAUCAUUUGAUGAACUAACUGAAUAUUAUCGACCAAGAGAUUUUCUUGGUAAACAAAGAUCAGUUAAUAUUGAUCAUAGUAUAAAAUAUCGUGAUUUUAAUUAUCGUAAACCUGAAACAUUAACUUAUAAAAGUACAACGUAUGAUAAUAAUAUAGAAAUCUUAUAUCGAAUUCCACAAAAAUCUUCAAUAUCAGCUUUAUUACUUAUAUUUCAUAGUUGCAAACACACAGCUUAUGAUUGGUUUCAUUCAUUUGAACGACAACGUAUUAUUGGUGCUGCUGUAGAACUUGGAUAUGCUUGUUUAGUAUUUCAAGCAACAGAUAAAAUUAGUCAAUGUUGGUCAUAUAAUGCUGAUAUUUAUGAGAAUAAAGAUGUUCAAAUGGUAUUAAAAGGACUUGAUGGUUUUUAUAAAGAAUAUCCAAAUUUAGCAUCUUUACCACGUUUUACAUUUGGUUCAUCAAGUGGUGGAAUAUUUUCAAGUAUAUUGGCUAUUAAUAAACAUCAUCCAAUUCAAGGACAAAUUAUUUAUAUUUCAAUUAUUCUUCCAGAAGUCUUAUAUACUUACGUUAAAGAAAACAAUUAUCCACCAACUGUUUGGAUACAUGUAUGUGAAAAAUAA